CGCACAAACACAGACGCAGUCGCGCAGACAAACCUCAGAUCCUUGGACUCCUUAAUUCCUCUCUAACAACCACCAUUCCUUACUCUUCUUGUGACUAAUAUAUAACGUAAGAAUAUGUCCAAUCUCUCUUCUCUUCUCUCUCUCUGUAAUCUAACUUUCCCUCUCUCUCUAACUGCCUUGAUUGAAAGCCAAGUCUCUCCGACACGGACUAAGUGUGACUGCGAAGACAACGACAACAAGAAUACCCAGAAAGUGUUCCUUCCAGACUCAGCAAGAUCCAUACCACUGGUUCCUGAAUAUACACUCUCUUCAAUACCAUCAUGACCAUUCUCAAAUUAUGUUUUGUGGGGUUCCUGUGAUCUGCGUAUUUCAGCUGAAAUGGGGUUGCUUUCCUGCAACGAGUGUUGUAUUAGAGCGUUUCUAGGUGUUCCCGGUUGGGUAUUCUUUUGAAUCUUGAAACACCAUGACGUUGUUCCGUAAGUUCUUUUAUCGGAAGCCACCCGACGGGCUUUUCGAGAUCUCUGAAAGGGUUUAUGUCUUUGACUGCUGUUUCACCAUGGAUACUUGGGAAGAAGAUGGAUAUAAAGUCUACAUAGGAGGAAUAGUACGUCAACUCCGUGGACACUUACCUGAUGCUUCAUUCAUGGUCUUCAACUUUCGAGAAGGAGAGAAGCAGAGCCAGAUUGCUAACAUAUUGUCUGAGUAUGAUAUGACAGUGAUGGAUUAUCCACGUCACUAUGAAGGCUGCCCAUUGCUCACAAUUGAGAUGAUUCACCACUUUUUAAGAUCAAGUGAAAGUUGGCUGUCACUUGGGCAACAAAAUGUACUCUUGAUGCACUGUGAACGAGAUGGAUGGCCGGUAUUGGCUUUCAUGUUGGGUGCCCUCUUGGUUUACAGGAAGCAGUACCCUGGAGAACAAAAUACUCUGGACAUGAUUUACAACCAAGCCCCUCGGGAACUUUUGCAAUUGAUGUCACCGCUGAAUUCAAUGCCUUCACAACUGAGGUACCUUCUGUACGUCUCCAGAAGAAAUGUCACCUCAGAAUGGCCUCCACUGGCUAGGGCUCUUACACUGGACUGCAUCAUUAUUAGAUUCCUUCCUAAAAUGGAUGGAGCUGGUGGUUGCUGUCCAAUAUUUAGGAUAUAUGGACAGGAUCCCUUUAUGGCUGCUGAUCACACAACCAAAGUUCUGUUCUCAACUCCAGGGAGGGGCAAAAUUGUUAGGCAUCACAAGCAGGCAGAUUGUGAACUUGUUAAAUUUGACAUUAAUUGCCACGUCCAAGGUGAUGUUGUUCUUGAGUGCAUCAGUUUGGAUGAAGAUCUGGAACGUGAAGAGAUGAUGUUUCGAGCCAUGUUCAAUACAGCUUUUAUACAAUCAAAUAUCUUGAUUAUAAACCGCGACGAAAUAGACAUCUUAUGGAAUUGUAAGGAUCAAUUUCACAAGGAUUUUAGAGCAGAGGUUCUUCUUUCGGAGAUGGAUGCUGCUACCUCUCUUAUUUCAAUUGAUUUACCUGGUAUCAAAGAGAAAGAAGGCCUUCCUGUGGAAGCAUUUGCAAAAGUUAAAGAGAUCUACAGCAAUGUAGAUUGGCUAGAUCCAAAGGCAGAUGCGGCAUUGAAUGUGCUCCAGCAAAUCAAAACAUCUACUUUCCUUCAGGAAAGAUUGGAGACAAUUUCUUUGCCUACUGCAGAAGGUAGCCUGUUGCUGGAUUCAACUCCAGAAAAUCUAAUAUCAGAAUCGAAGGCCUCAGAACAAAACAACAGGAAUCUCACAUUGAUGGCUCAGGCAAAACAGUCUAUACCCUCUUUAGAUUCAUGGCUCGAUUCUAAUUCAGUUAGGAAGAAGAUUGAAGCUCCAGAGUUGCAGUUCACUUUCCAAUGGCCUGCAAAAUCUAAGAUCAUCUCCCAAAGAGGACCUCCAACUUCCCUAUCAGCUCCAGCUCCAGCUUCAUAUUCUAAUUCUUUGCAAGGCUCCCCUGUACCUAUAUCAAGAUACCAUAGUGCACCCUCGGCCCUUGGAAUUACAGCUUUGUUGCAUGAUCAUGCUGCAUCUAAUAGUGAAGAAGUCAAGCAUGCGGUGACAGUAGCUUUAACUUCUGCUUCUUCAGCUCCUUCUAUUUCAAAUUUAAUGAAACCUGUACAGCUGAGUAACAUACCCAUUCCUUCAAAGCUGACACCUCCACUCCCUUCUUUCUCAAUAGAAUCUUCAAUUGAUGCUCCUAUAAAUAUCGGCAAUACUUCUGCAGCUAUUCCCUCUCUGUCGGUGCCUCUACCGAUUUCAAGUGCCAAAGAUUCUUCGCCUACUCAACAUCCUGGGACCACUAUUCAGUCAUCAUUCCCUCCCCCCCAUCCUCCACCCACUCCUUUUGCUGGGGCGUCUCCAUUCUAUGCUCUUAAAAGUCCUCGUUCAAUGCCCCCUCCCCCUUGCCCUCCUUUUUCUGGGGUUUCUCCAUCUCCAUCUGUCAAUAACUCAUUUUCAACUCCCCCUUCCCCACCCCCACCCCCACCCCUACCCCCUUCUUUGUCUGUAACAUCCCCAUCUUCCACAAUAAAAAACUCAUUUUCAAAUCUCCCAUCCUCUCCACCUCCACUUUCGGGAACAGCUCCAUCAUCUCUCAAGACCUCAUUUUCAGGUUCCCAUCCUCCACCCCCUGCAAUUCCUUCUUCACAUGCUUGUGAUGUUCAUUCUGCAGUGUGUGUGAAGAAGAACACAGCAGUUACAUCUGCCCCCCCACUGCCUCCACCUCUUCCAGGCUCCAGGCCUGCCUCAGGUCCUACUAAACUAUCUUUGGCACCACCAUCACCUCCUCCUCCUCCUAAUUCUGCCCUGAAUGAUUCUUCCUCAAAGAAUUCUGCUCAUGUUCCGCCUGUACCACCCCCUCCAGCUCCCUUUUCCAAUGGGUUGACAAAAGCUGGUCGUGCCUCUCCAAAGUUGAACUCUGGAGCUACUGGAGUGCCUCCAAUUCCUGGACCGCCUUCUGGUUCUACAUUCAGUUCAAAGGGAUGGGGUGUAUCACGUGCAAAUCCCAGAAAUCAAGCCUCUGCUAAAAAGACCAAUCUGAAACCAUAUCAUUGGUUAAAGUUGACACGAGCCAUGCAAGGAAGUUUAUGGGCUGAGGCACAGAAAGCUGAUGAAACUUCCAAGGCUCCAGAUUUUGACAUGUCAGAGCUUGAGAGUCUUUUCUCUGCAGUUGUUCCAAAUUCCGAACAUGGAAGCACUGGUGGAAAAUCAAAUUGUCGUGCUUCCAGAUCAAAGCUUGAAAAGGCUCAGCUGAUUGAGCUAAGGCGAGCAUAUAAUUGUGAAAUCAUGCUCACAAAAGUUAAAGUCCCAUUGCCAGAAUUAGUGAGUUCAGUCCUUGCCUUGGAUGAAUCAGCGCUAGAUGUUGAUCAGGUUGAGAACCUCAUAAAAUUCUGUCCAACGAAAGAAGAGAUAGAAUUACUAAAGGGUUAUGUUGGAGAUAAGGAAAACUUGGGAAAAUGUGAACAGUUCUUCUUAGAAUUGAUGAAAGUGCCACGGGUAGAGUCAAAGCUGAGAGUUUUCUCCUUUAAGAUACAAUUUCGUGCUCAGGUUUCUGAUCUUAGAAAUAAUUUGAAUGUUGUCAAUUCUGCAUCUGAAGAGAUCAGAAAUUCAGUCAAGUUGAAAAGAAUCAUGCAAACCAUUCUUUCGCUGGGUAAUGCUUUGAACCAUGGAACAGCAAGAGGUUCUGCAAUUGGAUUUCGAUUGGAUAGCCUCCUUAAACUCACCGAUACACGAGCCCAGAAUAACAAGAUGACUCUCAUGCAUUAUCUUUGUAAGGUACUCGCUGAAAAGUUGCCAGAACUUCUAGAUUUUUCAAAAGACCUUGUGAAUUUGGAGGCUUCAACAAAGAUACAAUUGAAAUAUUUGGCCGAGGAAAUGCAGGCCAUUAGUAAGGGACUGGAGAAGGUUAUACAGGAAUUGACUGCCUCGGAAAAUGACGGGCAUGUAUCUAAUAACUUUUGCAAGAUUAUAAAGGAGUUCCUUAGUUAUGCUGAAGCUGAGGUGAGGUCUUUGGGUUCACUUUAUUCUAGUGCGGUACGUAUCAAGCUCAUUUUGAUUGGAAUUGGGUUAAUGCGGUGCUUGCAAGACGGUACAGAAGCAUUACUAGACAUUUCUGAAUUUAGAAGCUUUCAGGGUAGAAAUGCAGAUGCACUGGCUCUUUAUUUUGGGGAAGAUCCAGCACGUUGUCCAUUUGAGCAAGUCGUAUCUACUCUGCUCAACUUUGUGAGGAUGUUUGUACGAGCACACGAGGAAAACUGCAAGUAUAUUGAGCUUGAAAAGAAGAGAGCAGAGAAGGAGAAAGAAAGUGAGAAGCUGAUGUUAUUUACAAACAAAAAGGAGCCCGUACACAUUAUGCGCAUUACCAUCAGGAAUGGCAACAUUAAUUGAUCAAAGCAUCAUUAACACUACAUUCACCUGACCAACAUAACAUAACCUAGUUGCUGCUGGACGAAAACCCUUAGGGGACUGAGAAUACAAACUACAACCAGCAGCACUGAUAUUGAUGACAUAGAGAAUGUUUAAUCCUAUGGAAUAACAAAUCAGCAAUUAAUGGAAUGCGGGUGGUGUCUGCUGGGAGAGAUUUAUUUUGAAGCAUGAUGCCGGAGCUGACGAGUCCCUUUCGAUGAGCCACUUGUGAUAUGCUCUUACCAACCCCGCUCCUGGUUCAUCAAUAUUGUUUGUGUGUAUUCUUUGGAAUGUUAAGGAUGUAAAUGUUGAUAUAUAUAUAUAUAUAUAUAUAUAUAUGAGUUCUAUUGUAUACAAUCACUUUUGCGUACAGCUCUUUGCACAUUUUAUUGAUGUGAUUGGUCAAAACAGUUCUUUUAUAUUAAAAAAAGUGAUGCAGUCAAUCACAUUAAUAGAGUAUGCAAAGAGUAUGUAAAAGUGACUGCACGUAGAGUUUUUGUAUAUAUAUAUUGUUAUGAAGAUGACUGGAAAGGGCAAUAUUCAUCAUCUUAAAAAGCAAGCGGUAUGGAAGUUUUGCAGUAUCAAAGCCACUAUUUUGAAAAGCAAGUAUGUAC